AAUAUACAAUUUUAGAGAGAGAAAACUCGAGGAGAGAGAGAAAGAGGUUCCUCUAUUUGACCCGGACCCUUUCCAACUCAUUGCUUAGCUUUCAACUCCACCAAAAACCCCCCAUUCAUUCAACAUUCUUCACUCAAAAAUCAUAAUCCAAAACGAUGGGGUUGUUGAAGGAUGAAACAAGCACAAAAGUCUUAAGACUCAUCCGUACAGUUUUCUUCUUGAUCACCAUGAUCAUAUCGUUUUUGUUCUUCUCCGCACCGAUCCUCGUAUCCAUCGCGGAUAUUCUGCUUCCCACAGCUCUGUUCUCAGCUUCGGUUUCGGUUCCAUCUUCACCGUCCAUUGAUCCGACAUAUGAUAAGAGUUUGUUCAUCUUUAUCGAAAUGAUAUCGUCUCAGUUGAGCAGUUACGACUUCCGCCACUCGCUUAUUGACAUCCCUCUCGUGUCGAUACUCAGAUCCGGCAUCAUAUUAUGUGUGUACGGAUUGUGUGACGGCCCCGGGUUGUCUACGGGGCCGUACUUGGGAAUAACGACAGUUUGUUCUGUGUUGUCGUUAUUAUUUGUAUCGGUUAAGGCGUCGUACGUGUUUGGUGGCGGUGCUGUGGUGGAGUUGGCAUUGUUUGUGUGUUCUUCGGUGUUGGCGAUCGGUCAUAUCGUGGUGGCGUAUCGGACUAGUUGUAGAGAACGACGGAAGCUUCUUGUUUACAAAAUUGAUAUUGAAGCUGUAUCCACAUUCAAAAGUGGGUUUCGAAGGUACUCCAAGAUGCUUCACGAUGCAAGGGUCAAAGUGAAACUGCAAAACUAAAAGGAGAAUCAAAAGUCAAAACAGUUACUAUUUGACCAAUGAAGUUAACAUUAUUUCAUUUAUAUUUUUCUAGGCCCACCCCAUUUUUCUACCUCCAAGUUGCAGGUUCUUAAAGAAGGGGAUUUGUAACUUGGUAAGAGACAUUUAACUUUCAUUUUUGGUUCGUGUAGAGAGUCUUUCAAUACAAAAUCAAUUUUAAAUAGAAAAUUAUAAAAACUAUAUAAUCGUGUUUGUUUCUGUCUUUAAUAAAGUCAGGAUUACAUACACGUGUUUAUGUGGUUUUUAUGAUUUUUCACUAAAAAUUGGUUAUGUAUAAAACGCGUCAUGUAUUAAUUAUUUUAACUUUGUACAUGGAGAUUAUAGGUCGGGUACGAGUUUUGGGUUUCAUAUAUCGCAGAAAAAACAUGUAUAUAUUCUUUUUAUGUUUAUUAUCGAACUAGUAUGUAACCCGUGCUUUGCGGCAGUUUCGUAGUUCUCAUUUGAUGUUAA